AUGGUGGAGCAAUGGUGGGACUCUAAUGUUGUCAUAGGCUGGUCCGGCUAUGUUCUGAUGCGAAAGCUCAAGGGUUUGAGGGGGAAGAUUAGGGACUGGUGUAGAACAAGAGGAGCUUGGGGGUCGGCGAAGAUUGUUAGCUUGGAACAAAAAGUUCAUGAUCUUAUGGUUAUUAUGGAACGUGAUGGGGUGACGGAGGAGCUGCGGAAGGAGCGGCUGAUGACUCUAAAUGACCUUUGGAAGGAGUACAGACUUGAGGAGAGUAUGUGGCUCCAGAAAUCAAGGAUGAAAUGGGUCAAGGAAGGUGAUAGGAAUACACGAUUUUUCCAUCGAGUUUGUAAGGAAAAAGCAUCUAGUAGGAGUCUAGUGAAUUUGCGUGUUGAUAAUCAGGUAUGUGAGGAACCUGGGAUGAUAAAACAAGCAGUUUUUGAUCAUUUCCAAGCUUUUUUCAAGGCUGGUGCAAGGGGCAGUUUGCGGCUCACCGGUGAGGGAUUUUGCAAAGUAACACCGGAAGAUAAAAUCUUGUUAGAAGUGGCUUUCAUUGAGGAAGAGGUGUGGGCAGCGGUGAUGGCCUGUGAUGGUAAUCGGGCACCUGGGCCGGAUGGGUUUAAUUUUACCUUUUUUAGGGAAUUUUGGUCGCUAAUCAAGGACGAUAUAAUGCGGUUGUUUGCUGAAUUCUAUGACUUCGGGAAGCUGGUUAAGGGAUUAAAUGCUGGGUUUAUUGCUUUGAUACCGAAGAAGAACAUUCCAGAAGAGGUAGCUGAUUAUAGACCUAUCAGUUUAAUUGGUAGUGUUUAUAAGUUGAUCGCCAAAGUUUUGACAGCACGGUUACAGCAAGUGAUGCAAUAUCUUUUAUUGCCCAAUCAGUUCUCUUUUACAAAAGGUCGGCAGAUAGCGGAUUGUAUUUUAAUAGGCAACGAGGUGGUGGACUCUUUGACUCGACAAGAUGCUAGUGGGUUUUUGCUAAAACUGGAUUUCGCAAAGGCAUAUGACAAUAUAGAGUGGAAUUUUCUUUUGGAUAUGCUGGAGGACUUGGGUUUUGGUGUGAGGUGGCGAUCUUGGAUACACUCAUGCAUUACUUCAGCGACACUUGCGGUCUUAGUGAAUGGGUCUCCAACAGAAUUUUUUGCCAUAGAAAAGGGUUUGCGUCAGGGUGACCCGUUGUCUCCGCUAUUAUUUAAUUUAUGUGUUCAUGGGCUGUCCAUUAUGUGGUCCAGAUUAGCUACACAAGACAGGCCGUGUGGUGUUAGGCUUGGACCGGGGUUGUGUCUUAAUCAUCUGCAGUUUGCGGAUGAUACUCUGGCUUUUUGUGAGAAUGAUGGAGCACAGCUGGAGGAGAUGUUUGAUGUUCUAAUGGUGUUUCUGUGGGGUUCGGGUUUAAAAUUGAAUUACUCAAAAUCAGUUUUGGUUGGGUGCAAUGUGGCAAUGGAUUCAGUUCAGCGUUUGGCUAUAGUUCUGGGAGUGGAGGUUGGGACCUUACCCCUGCAAUAUCUGGGAUCAGUUCUGGGUGGUGAUCCAAGGCGAAAAAUAUUUUGGGCACCGGUGAUCGAAAAGGUGCGUCUAGCAUUGGGGGCUUGGGGUUCAAACUCAGUAUCGCUGAGUGGUAGGUUGGUUGUGCUACGUGCGGUGGCGAGUGCGGUACCAUUGUAUCAUAUGGCGGUGUAUAAAGCUCCACUUGGUGUUGUUACUGACAUUGAGAAAUUAAUGAGAGGCUUCUUGUGGGGGAGAGUUGGAGGGGGAAGGAGGAUAGCAUGGGUGGCAUGGGAACAAGUUUGUAAAGGAAGAGAUAUUGGUGGGUUAGGAGUUGGAUUUUUGAAAAUUAGAAAUAAAGCUAUGUUGCUUAAAUGGGCUUGGAGAUUUGGUGUUGAACAUGAUAUGCUAUGGCAGAAGGUGGUAUGUGCAAAAUAUGGUAUUAGUGUGAAUCCACUGGUGCUACACAGGGCAUGCAUGCAAUCCCGUUCCUUCUCCAGGUAUUUUUUUGAUAUUAUUCACGUGCUGCUUGAAGAUACAGUUUUGGGCAGGAAUUUUCGCGACCAGUGCUUUUGUGUUGUGGGUUCGGGCAACCGUAUCAACUUCUGGCAUGAUUCUUGGGCUACAACAAAAGCCCUAGCACUCUUGUAUCCAAGGUUGUAUGCUAUGGUUUUGCACAAGCAUGCGCUUGUGUCGGAGUUAGGGAGUUUUUCAGGUGGGACAUGGAAUUGGCAGAUUGAGUUUCGAAGGAAUUUUUUUGACUGGGAGGUGCAGUUGUUUGAUGAAUUUUUGGCGAGGAUCAAGGCUGUCGUUCCAGCCAUGGAUGAGGAUCAUUUGUUAUGGCUUGGGGACCAAAAUGGUUAUUAUUCUGUUAAGGUUUUUUGUAUGCAGGUUGAGCUUCAGCUGUAUGGAGCACCAACGUGGGUGGUCCCGGCGUAUGUGCGCAAGAUCGUUCCGCCAAAGGUCGUUCUGUUUUUAUGGCAAGCAGCAGAAAACAAAAUUGCCGUGCUUGAUAAUUUACAUAGACGUGGUGUAGCGGUGGAUGCAGAAGCGGCGUGUGCAAUUUGUGGGCAAGCGUCAGAAUCUGUUGCACAUCUUCUACUUCACUGUGAUUUUAUGUGGGGACUCUGGUCUCGUGUGCUGUGUAGGGAGGGUGUGGCUUGGUGUGUUCCAGCGACGGUGUUAGGGCUGCUGCAGGAGUGGGAGACUUUGCGGAGUGAGUCGGAUGUGGGGUUAUGGAAGGUGGUGCCGUAUGCACUCACCUGGUCUACAUGGUUAGCAAGGAAUGGUUUGAUUUUCAAAGGGGAGGAGGUAGCUGUGGAAGCUGUUUGGGACAUCCAUUUAACUAGAAUUUUCUGGUGGUUAAAAGCCUCUAACCAAGAUUGCCCUUAUACGUUGUAUGAUUUCAUAGUACAAUUUAGGGAGGUAAGGGUAAGUCGACGCCGGAGGCAAUCAAGAGUGGUUGAGUGGGUUUGCCCGCCGGUUGGGUUCGUCAAAUUCAACGUGGAUGGGGCGGCCAGGGGUGCACCAGGGCCUGGAGGCAUUGGCGGAGUAGUCCGGGAUUCGAAUGGAACAAUUAUUGGUUAUUUUUCCAUGAAAGUAGGUACUGUUUUUGCGCAUGAGGCAGAGAUAAAGGCCAUAAGAAUGGCUCUGAAAUUUUGUAAAGAAUUUGGAGUCCGACAGGUUCUUAUUGAGAGCGAUUCAACGCUUGCAGUGGGAUGGGUGAAUCGACGAUCAUUGAGGCCAUGGAAGCUGCUCUCGGACCUGCAUGUCAUUGAUCUUUUGAAACCUGAGGUGGAAUGUGUUGAUGUUUAUCAUGUGUAUCGUGAGGUGAAUGUACAAGCUGAUUUUUUGGCAAAAUCUGGUUGUGAUAGGGAGGAGGAUUUAAGGGUAUAUUGUUCAGCAUGA